AUGUUGGGUAAUAUUAGACAGACGGGUGGGCCCAGAUACAUAUCAUAUAGACAGAUAGGCCUAGGUAUUGGUAUAAGUACCAAGUACCAAGUUCUGGGUAACAUCUAUCAAGUUCCAGCGAGUACCAAGUUCUGGGCACCGAGUGCCGAGUUCCAAGUUCCGGGCAUCGAGUACCAAGUGCCGAAACCCGGCACUCGGCACUCGUUUCGUGUUUCGGUGCUCAAUGCUUGGAACUCAAUGCCCAGAACUCGGUGUCUGGAACUUGGUACUCGACAUUUCAACCUCACCCAGAUGACCCUCAUCACCACCUUCAACUUCAACCUUGACCUCAACAUCCAUGUCAUCAGCAGAAUUGUAUUAUGGGAAAAGGUUGCAUGGAUCAUCCGGCACCACAAUGUCUCCGGCAGUUGGGGGAAGGGAUCCACAAUUUUCGAGGGUGUGGGCUCCAUCCCUGCCAUCAAAAGCUCCAAGCACUGA